UUCAACACUCACCUUUGAGCUGGACCAAGGAGGUGCUCGUCAUGAUUCGUCAUCUGUUCGUGGGUCUGCUGUUCGCCUUCCUUGCUGCCCAGGUGUCGGCUACCUUCUAUCCUCCGUACAGAGCAAAAUACUAUGGCGUCUACAAGCCAGUCAAAUUCAGACCGUACUACCGACCCUACCUCAGACCGUACUACUCAAUGAAGCGUAAGUCAUCCGAGAAAAAAGAGAAGAAAGACAAGAAAGAGGAUAAAGACAUGGAUAAGUGGCGCUACUGGAAACCGUAUCCAUUUGGACCCUAUCCAUACAAAUAUAUGAAGAAGAGCAAGGAUAAGGAUAAAGACAAGGAUAAGAAAAAAGACAAAAAGAAUAAAGAUAUGAAGGACAAGAAGGACAAGGAGAUGGGAGGUUGGAAAUACUGGAAACCUUGGUAUCCCAAACCUUAUCCACCCUAUUAUAAAAAGAAGAAAGAUAAAAAAGACAAGAAAGAUAAAAAGGACAAGAAAGAUAAAAAGGACAAGAAAGAUAAGAAGAAAUCUAAGAAGAAGUUCCGGCCCCCGCCAUGGUUUUAUCCCUAUCCUCCAUUUAAAACAUACUUUCAUUGAGUUAAUGUGAAAUAGUACUGCAUAUCAAUAUAAAAACACAGAUCGUCUCUGCUUCUUAGAUAUAACAUACUAUGAUGAAUGUCAGCGUUUGUCAGGAAAUUAACAGCUGUAGAAAAGCCUUGGUUAUCAUUUUGUAUCUUCUGCUUAGUCCUUUACUACUAUGUGACCCUGCGUUCUGUAGUAUUGGUUAGUGCUCUAAUAAAGUAA